AUGUCUGGAAGAAGUCUCCUAUUUGCGGCUUACACAGUGCUCCUUCUUCUUCUUGUUCCUUCCUCUUGUUCCCAAACAUCUUCCAAUAAUAUUACAGCUGAUAACUCUGAUUGUAUCCGUUCUUGUGGAAAUAUUAACAUAAGCUCUCCAUUCCGAUUGAAAGGAGACUCUAAACACUGCGGCAACAAAAGCUUCGAGCUAUCUUGUGAGGCCAAGGGAAAUGGUACUACUCAUCAUGCAGUGCUAUACUUGUUUUCAGGAAAGUAUUAUGUACAAGCAAUCAAUUACAAUAACUUCACAAUCCGACUUGUGGAUGUUGGUGUUCACAAGAUCAAGGACAACUACUUCUCCCACCCACUCUUCUCCUUGACCCUCUUCAACUUUUCUUAUUACUCCAAUUAUACAGGUCCUCUUCCUGGGUAUUACCAUAGAGAAUCAUUAAUGUCUAUAGUCUUCCUGAGCUGUGAAAUUCCAAUGCAUCCUUCCCAUCUCAUUGUUGAAACAGCUCCAUGCAUCAGUGGGGUCAACAACUAUUCUUCUUCCAAUUCUUCUUUCUCCAAUGUAACAACAUAUUCUUAUUUCAUAAAAUUUCCGGUUAGGCGUGGUGGCCCAAGGUCAUACAAUUUUGGGGAUUCCUGCAAAAUAACACUAAUGGUUAUGGUUUCCCCUUCAACUGAGGAGCUCAUGACGUCUUGCAAAGGAAUAUAUAAUGAAAUAGCGCAUGGCUUUGAACUCUCAUGGCUUCAUCAUGCAUGUAAAGUAACGUGCAGAUCAGGGGAAUCUUGCAGGCUGAACCGCAAGGACAAUGGAAUCUACUGCUUCCAACGCCCGUUAAAUUUAAUACCAAAAGUCCCUUGGUAUGACGAGAUCAUAAUGUCCAUAAUCAAGAAAGUAGGCCAGUGGAUCCCUCAACUCUCAAUAUACCUGGCAGCCAAAUUUUCAUUUGGUUUUUGUUGUUUAACUGCACUGCUAAUAUAUAAAUGGCGAAGGAGGCACUUGUCAAUGUAUGAGAAUAUAGAAGACUUUCUACGGAGUAAUAAUAAUCUCAUGCCAAUAAGGUACUCUUACUCCGACAUCAAAAAGAUGACCAGAGGUUUCAAGGACAAAUUGGGGGAAGGAGGCUGUGGCUCUGUAUACAAGGCAAAGCUCCGCAGCGGUCGCCUUUUAGCCAUCAAGAUGUUAAGCAAGUCCAAAACUAAUAAUGGGCAAGACUUUAUCAAUGAAGUUGGUACCAUUGGAAGGAUUCGCCAUGUUAACGUGGUGCGACUUAUUGGCUUCUGUGUUGAUGGUUCAAAACGUGCUCUAGUAUAUUAUUUCAUGUCUAAUGGGUCUCUCGAGAAAUAAUACAUUUUUCCUCAACAAGGAGAUGUGUCUUUAAGUUGCCAGAAAAUAUUUGAAAUCGCACUUGGAGUGGCUCGUGGUAUUGAUUACCUCCAUCAAGGCUUGGACAUGCAAAUUUUGCACUUUGACAUCAAGCCUCACAACAUUCUUCUAGACGAGAAUUUUGGGUUAGCAAAGCUAUACCGAUUGGAUAAUAGCAUUGUAUCUUUGACUGCAGCAAGAGGAACCAUGAGAUACAUUGCUCCAGAACUGUUCUACAAAAACAUUGGAGGUGUUUCAUGA